CAGGGGCGAGCUCGCGAUAAUUGCGCAGACGCAGAGUGGGUGGUCCUUUCCAAAGAACCAACAAGAUGGCGGAAGUGGAGCAGAAGAAGAAGCGGACCUUCCGCAAGUUCACCUACCGCGGCGUGGAUCUCGAUCAGCUACUUGACAUGUCCUAUGAGCAGCUGAUGCAGCUCUACAGUGCCAGGCAGCGGCGGCGCCUGAACCGCGGCCUGCGGAGGAAGCAGCACUCACUGCUAAAGCGCCUGCGCAAGGCCAAGAAGGAAGCGCCACCUAUGGAGAAACCUGAAGUGGUGAAGACACACCUGCGGGACAUGAUCAUCCUGCCAGAGAUGGUGGGCAGCAUGGUGGGCGUGUACAAUGGGAAGACCUUCAACCAGGUGGAAAUAAAGCCGGAGAUGAUUGGCCACUACCUGGGCGAGUUCUCCAUCACCUAUAAGCCAGUGAAGCAUGGCCGGCCCGGCAUUGGGGCUACCCACUCUUCCCGCUUCAUCCCUCUCAAGUAGCCAAUAAAAGCACAGACUUACUUA